CCUGUGUGUCAAACGUGGCGACCGGUUUGUUGGUUAUCUAACGUGUACUACGGUCCGCAUCACUUCAUAGGGCCGUUGUAUCGUCUGAACGAUGUUUUCCACCAAGUAUUACGCUGUCUUGUGUUUAAUUUUGUCGUUCAUCCAUUAUUCAGUAGGUCUUUACUUUCAUAUAUCUGAAACGGAACGAAAAUGCUUCAUUGAAGAAGUGCCGGAGGAAACACUUGUCGUUGGAAACUACAAGUGUCAACUGCACGAUCCGAAGACCGGCGGUUUCAUGCAAUCCAGUCCCGGGAUUGGUAUGCACGUGGAGAUUCGGGAUCCUGAUGACAAGACCAUUUUGUCGAAGGUGUACAGCUCUGAAGGCCGCUUUAGUUUCACCUCACAUUCGCCUGGUGAACACGUAAUUUGCCUCUACUCCAAUUCUUCUAGCUGGUUCAGCGGGAGCCAACUGAGGGUCCACCUUGAUAUACAAGUUGGUGAGCAUGCUGUCGACUAUGGCAGUGUGGCGCGGAAGGAGAAGCUUACAGAACUACAACUGCGUGUACGGCAGCUGUUGGACCAGGUUGACCAGAUCACGAAAGAGCAGAAUUACCAAAGGUUUCGUGAAGAACGCUUCCGACAGACAAGCGAGAGCACUAACUCCAGGGUCCUGUGGUGGUCAGCUGGACAGACGGUCAUCCUGCUGCUCAUGGGAUUCUGGCAGAUGAGACACCUGAAGAGCUUUUUCGAAGCCAAGAAGCUUGUGUAAAACUGGACGCUGUGUGCACCCCGGAGUGACAUCCCUCCACGCAUGAAAUGCUUUCCCUUAAUUUGGUGUCUCAUGGACCUUUUAGCUGUACAUCUGAUGGUAUUUUAGCAUUGGCAGCCCCUUGUGUUCCUUCAAAAAAACUAUAAAGGUCUGGAAAGCAUUUUAACAUUCUGAUGACACCAUUUGCAAUAAAUGUUCUUCUAAGGCAGGGAAAAAAAACUGCUGAAGACUUGCAUAUUUGCGGUUGCCACUGUUGCCUUUUGCUAUCCGGCUUAGGCAAAUGAAGGUGUUUCACAGAUGUCAGACCGGAAACUCUGUAGUGUUUUGUUUUGCUAUUCAAGAUCUUUGAUGUCCUAAAACAAGUCUUUCACGUUGAUGAAAAAGUGGACAAAAAUGACACCACUAUAUUGUAUCGACCCAAGUUGCUUGUAUGGCUUUGCUGCACAUUAUGCAUUUUCUGUUUUGUCAGGGGAACCUUUUCAUGUAUGCAGUGAAAUUUGCGUGAUGCUGCGACUGUCACUAUUUCGCUUGCAUCAAACGCUAUAGUAUCGUUUAUGAGUUUGCAAUGUAAAGCUGGAGGAGCUGAGCUGUACUAGAUGCCUCUAGUAGGCUUCUAUGGUGUGCAGAAAUAAAAAGAGCACGAGAUAAUUGUCAUUUGACUGGCGCUGGUUAAGUAAAUCGAAAUACAGUUCAUGCCCGUUACAAUGGAUUCGCAUGUAACACUUAUUCACUAAGUUUAGUCUGCCUAUAUUACUAAUGCAACAACAAAUUUAGUUAAUGACAGACCUGGCUGUAAUAGAUUAUCGGCUUCAGUGGACUAAAUUUUGGGCAAUUAUCUAGAUAAGGCAUAUACAACAUACUUUGCUGUGGCAAUGCAUGUGUGCGGCGGUGCACUGCAUACUACUUUUUCGGCCACUUGCAAAAAGUGCAAAAAUAUACUUUUUCUUAAGGAACUGCCACACUAGCCACUUCUCACAAUGGCAUGCUGUGCGACACCCCAUCAGCUAGGAGUUUUAGGAAAGAUCACACAUACAGCUCACCGCCACCCACCGCUGUUGACUCUGCUGAACAGGGUCCGAGGGUGCUGCUUCAAAGCGAGUUACCCAUUAUUCACAUAGUUUUUUUUUCCUCCCCCCCCCUUCCCCCGUGGAAAUUAUACAGGCGCGUUUCUGCCAUCACUAUCAUUCUGUCCUGUUAUCAAUGGCGCAUGCAGGGGCCACGUGGCAAAGGUUAGAGGGCCUCAAGAAACGCGCAGUGUGUUUGGCUACAAAAACAGUAAAGCCAGCUGGAUGCAUCGUAACGCUCCACUCACUUGGCUCUGCCAAAGCUGGGGCAGCAUUCUGCCUUCCACUGUUGGAAUGAGCAUUGUACACACAAACACUAGUGUUCCUGCUGAUCAGCACUCCAAUGUGCAUACAGUGGUCUGAGUAGAAUAUACAGUAAACUUCAAGCUACAAACGCAGAUGGCUUUCUUUGUCUCGUCUUAUGCACCAUCGAGCUGUGAUGCCAGCAACGCUGCUGGCGGCAUGCCUUGUCUAAAGCCCCAUCCAUACUGCUCUCGUCUGCCGCCUAGGCUAAGUAGCGCCAACCUGCUCUCUGACCAGCGAAAGUGGAAAUGCCGCCAAAUAUAUUUCUGGUGACCUUUCCACUGUGCCCAUGGCCACUCCGCUUUCUGCGAUUGUACCGCCGGUGGUAUGCCCAUAAUCUGAAGAAUGGUUGUGAAUUUGCUUCUGUGAAGCUUUGUUGUGCCCUGAUGCCGCCCGAGAAACACUGAUGAGUAAGGAUGUUACUUGUUCGUGUGUUCUCGGCGAGUACAGAAACAUGGAAGGCCAUGACGAAAGGAAGCUGCGCAGAAACUUCCUUCCGAAAGCAGCAUAUCUGACACCAAGCGGCAGUGGUUCCUCAAAGGGUAGCGCUACCAAAGUGCAGCUAAGAAAGCGGCAGUAGACAUGAUGAAGGGGCUUAAGCCUCAUCACACCAGCAUUGCGAGAUGCCAGGAUGCUGCUUUAGGACACCGUAUAAGGAGCUUCAGUACAAUGCUAAGCCUUGGUAUCGCUUUAAGUUGUUCACUCUUUAGUUGAAACGGCCUAUUUUUAAAAUUAAAUUUUCUUCGGGUUUUUUUUGUUUGCGGUGGCCUCCAGGCUCCAAUAAACGAACACUAGACAGUGGUAUAUGUGAAGUGCUGCCAUUUCACAACGUUGUGGAAUUAGUUUUGUAUAGAACGGACUUUGGAUGUAACACCCUUUUUGCUGCAUUAUUUUGGUCUGUUGUAAUGGGUGUAGGCUGUAUUAGUUAUUGUGGUUGUUUACUGCACAGGGGAUGUUUUUAAAUUUUUUGUGUUGUCACUAGCUUGGAAAAAUCACUGUGAUGUAUAGCCAAGAACAUGUGUGAAAGUUCGAAUCUUGCUGUCCAGUGCUGCUUUCUACAGUGUGAAGAGAAAUGUGAUGGCGAGAAAGUGCUGGAAAUUUGAAUUUGUGGCCUUCGUUGAGCUUUGUGGGUAGGCGAAUACUUGUUCAAUUUGCUCAUGCUAAUUGUGUGCACGUAAAUGCUGUUUACCAGGUCAUGCCAGAUGCUGCUUUGAGUCAUUGUUGAACUCUUUAAUUAAGGGAGCUGCAUCAACACACAACUUAUGAGUUAAGCUUUGACAUUGUCAUCAACUCUGUAUGCUGUUAACUCACCUGGUAUUCUCAUUACAUAGCUGUAAGCUGCUUUGUACCAUUGCUCUUUGAAGUGUGACAGUGGGGUGAGGAUUUUGAGUUGAUUGUGCAGCACAUGUUUCGGAGCUCUGCAGAUGUUUUUCACAAAUCUUAGCAAAGGCAGAAACUGACUGCUGCCCUGUUCUAGUUUAUUUCUGUGUACACUGCAGUCAAUUGAUUUUGUAAUAAAAUGGUCUCUAUAAAUGUG